ACGUUGGCGCAAUCGUGGCAAUCGUCUCCAGAGAUUCUGCUGAGGAGGGGUCAAAGAAAGUUCAGAGAUUCCCGAUGCAUUCAUGUAAACCUCAACUGCUGUAAAUAUAGAUAGAUAGAUACCGCGCGCUCAACUCAACUGCAUUGUCCUCUGGGUGGUUGCCCUUCCCCGGCUUUUCCGGCCUCCUCGCCCGCGUGCUCGUCUUCAGUUCUUGGCCGCCGCCGCCGCGGCGGCCUCUGAGAUCGGCUGCUCUGCCUCCGGUCGUGUGCCUGGUGUACCAAUCUUUUUCAAUUGAACAUAAUUACCAUGAGCAACGAGAUAGCAGGUGCACAGACACCUCAAGUUCAGGGGAAGUUUCUUGGUAUCGUUGUCUGCUUUAUAUUGGGAAAUGGAAGCCUUUUCGCGUGGAACAGUAUGCUCACUAUCGAAGAUUACUAUGUCGCUCUCUUCCCGGAUUACCACCCGACAAGAGUCCUCACACUAGUAUACCAGCCUUUUGCCUUUGCAAUAACCUGUAUCAUGGCAUACUAUGAGGCAAAGAUGAACACAAGGCGGAGAAAUCUAGCAGGAUUUUCCCUUUUCUUCAUUGGUUCUUUCGCAUUGAUAAUUCUGGAUAUUGCUACUAAAGGACGGGGUGGGCUUGGAGUCUUCGUUGGUGUAUGCAUAAUCAGCGCCAUAUUUGGGACGGCUGAUGCGAAUUGUCAAGGUGCAUUGGUUGGCGACCUUUCCUUAAUGUGCCCGGAGUUCAUUCAGUCAUUCCUUUCGGGCUUGGCUGCAUCAGGAGCUCUAACAUCAGCUCUGAGGUUAAUUACCAAGGCAGCUUUCGAGAACUCGAAAGAUGGUCUUCGCAUUGGAGCUAUACUAUUCUUUUCAGUAACAUGCCUGUUCGAGCUGUUGUGCCUCCUCCUAUACAAGUUCGUCUUCCCCAAACUACCCAUCGUGAAGUACUACCGCUCGAAGGCGGCCGCUGAAGGGAGCAAGACUGUUGCCAGCGACCUUGCAGCUGCAGGACUCGGCACUGAACAGCACGGACAAGCCGAGGAGGAUCCACAGAUAUGCAAGCGUUUGAGCACCAAGGAGCUGCUGGUGGAGAACGUCGACUACGCGUUCGAUAUCUACCUGAUCUACGUCUUGACCCUGUCGAUCUUCCCUGGAUUUUUGUCUGAAGACACCGGAUCACACAGCCUGGGAACAUGGUACGCGCUUGUGCUGAUCGCGAUGUACAACGUGUGGGACCUGAUCGGGAGGUACCUGCCGCUGAUCCCGUGUAUCACGCUGACCUCCCGGAAGGGCAUGACGUGCGCGAUCCUGGCGCGGUUUCUGUUCAUCCCGGCGUUCUACUUCACGGCCAAGUACGGCGACCAGGGGUAUAUGAUCUUGCUCACCUCGUUGCUGGGCCUGAGCAACGGCUACCUCACCGUGUGCGUCCUCGUGGAGGCGCCCAGGGGGUACAAGGGCCCCGAGCAGAACGCGCUGGGGAACGUGCUCGUCGUCUGCCUCCUCGGCGGCAUCUUCUCCGGCGUCGUGCUCGACUGGCUCUGGUUGAUCGGCAAGGGCUGGUGAUUCGGUCUCAAGCGUAAAUGUGCCCUGCGUGGAGUUGUUAGACUUUAGCUCUCCCUAUCUUGUUUCCAGGGUUAGGGUUGUGAAUGAUGACUUUGUUAGGUAGCUAUUGCAUGAGCUAAGGAUGCGUCUUUUCUCGCUCUAAUACCGGUAGUACUGGAGCCAUUAUUCGUGAUACCAAUGGUGCCAUGCUGCGAGCUGAAGCAAGAUGGUAUGAUAAUUUGAGUAAUGUCCUUACAGUGGGGGCUCUGACAGCAAGAGAUGUUUUACUUCUAGUCACAAGCAUGGGUAUCACGCAUGCAACUUUGGAGUUUGACAAUAUUUUCUUGAUUGGGCUUUUGAACUCUUAAGGAUGGGGCUCGGUCUUCGGUGUCUUGUAUUUGGCAACAAAUUUAGAGUUAGGUAGGAACUUUGAUUCGAUUUCUUUUUAUUAUGUAAACCAGACAGUCAAUGGUGUAGCUCAAAAUUGUGCUAAACAAGCUAAUCUAGUGAAUAAGCUUUGCAGUUGCUCGAGUAACGUUCCGAAUUGUCUUGUGGAAGUACUCGCUAAUGAUUGUAAUCCUGUCAUCGAGUAAUAGAGCUC